AUCACAUGAUCUGACUACUCCUGAUGACGUCAGUUGUACGUUUACUGAAGGGGAUCCAUCUACUACUGUAUCGGUUCGGGCCAGGACGGUUUGCGACAGCCAGAAAGCUGAUGUUUAACGCUUUGCGACCAUAUGUGUCUCGCUGUACGGCAGCAGAGUGAUGGCAGCGUACGGGAGCAGUUUUGAAACUGUGCGGAGUAUCGAGGAGAGGAAAGAGAGUAAGAGGAGAGCCCGGGAGCAGCUGCUGAGCCAGGCUAAAGAAGAGUAUGAAAAAGAAGAAAAGAGAAAAGAGCAGAGACGGUUGCGUGGUGAAGACACGUGGAUGCUGAAUGAUGUCAGUCAGCGACUUGAGCAGAUACAGCAGGAACAUUCUGGAAAGAAGAAAAAAGGCAAAAAAUCGAAGAAAGAGAAAAAGAAAAAGAGCAAAAAGAUCAAAUCUGAGAAUAGCGGCACCUCAGACUGUUCCACGGAUUCCGAUGGUGAAUGGGUCGUAGCGGCCCCUGCCCAGCCAGCUGGCGAAAAGAAGGCCUGGAAAGUCCAAGUGGAGCCUCCUGCAAGGGAAACCGGCCCAGCAGCUGAGAGGGACGAGUGGAUGACCUUAGACUUUAUGUCUCUGAAAGCGACAUCAACAGCCGCAUUAAGAGCAGAAAAACAAAAGGAAAAGGCAGUGGAGCGUGAAAAAGCUGAAGCUGUAGAAAAGGAAAAGCUGCAAGCCAGGGAAUUAAACCCGUUCUGGAGGGACGGUGGUUCAGGAUUGCCACCAGAGGAGGGAGAUGUAACCUCAGUUAAAAAAGUUCAGCUUGUUGAAGAUGGGGGCCUGAGCUGGUUAAAAAAAUCCUUGCAGAGAAUGAAGGAACAGUCUGAGAAAGAGAAAAGGAGCCUGGAGGACAUUGUAGCUCAAAGAUAUGGUUCUAUGGAAAUCUUCCAAAAUAAAAUGGAAUCUGCAGAAAAAGCUGUAUCACAGAGUACCAGAAGAGAACACGACAAGCGAAAAGAUGGCUGGAGGAGAUCGACGUAUCACAACAAUGACUCGCGAAGAUUUGUAAAACCUGAUGACUACGAAACAAAUCGAGAUAAUUAUAGGGACAAUCGCAGACAUGAUAGAUCUUCCCAUAUACGCGUUGGGGAAUAUAGCUUGGAUAAACAAAAUGCAGAAAAAAGCGAUUCCAAGGGUAAGGGAACAGAACCAGAACGUAAAGGAUAUCUAGCAAAGCGUUUUGAAGAGACUGCUGAUCAUAGGAGUUCUUCUUCCAAACUCAAGCACCAGUUUUUAAAACCAUCUGAAGCUGAGGAUGAGGUGUCGUUAUCCACUGGACUUAAACCACAAAGACCUAGGUCCAGCUUAUCGCAUGAGGACUUGCCAAAAAAUGAGUUCUCAAAACCCACAAGUGAUGAUCCUCAGCCAUCAUGGAGGAGAACGUCUUCAAAGAGUCAACAGGAAACGAAGCAGCAAUCUAAUACUGAAGAGUGUAAAGUCAUCAAAACAAGUGCAGAAUCCAAUGACAAGGAUUCAGGUGUAAAGGGUCAUCCGUCUUCUGAAGUCAGGACACCAUCUCCACGACCCGAUUCAGGAUCUCCGCCAGUCAGAUUACUUUCCGAAGAAGAGAUGAAUAGGCUUGGUGCCAAGAUUGUCAAAGCAGAAAUAAUGGGUAACACGGAAUUGGCCUCAAAACUUCGAGCUCAAUUAGAAGAAGCCCGUCAGCAGCGACAAAAUCAGCCGCAAGCUCCUGAGAAACACAGCAGGGUUAAACCAGAGGGAUCCAGCACAAGAGAAGAACAAGAGGUUCUCCUAGUCAGGACGGAUCAAUCGGGACGCGCUUGGCCUCUGAAAUCGAUGGCCGAUCCAGUGGAACCACGAGGAGGCAGGAGAAAAAGACAGAUGGCUGAGACGCAUAUUGAUAAGGAGAGGGUCCGAUACUUCCAUGAUGACGAUAACCAGAGUCUUCAAGAUCUUGUUAAGAGGGAGAAGAUGGGAACAGCCGAAGACCAAAACAAACUGUAUAUGAGAAUGAUGUCCAAGCUCACAGAGAAAACGGACCAAGAUUAUUACACCCUGGAUGAUAUGUUUGUCUCAAAAGCAGCAAACAAAGAGCGUGGCAAUGAGGAAGAGGAGCGGGAGAGGCAGCAAGCAAUAUCUGAGCAUCGCAGGCUCGCCGCCAGGAUGGAAAAAUGCCCAUACUGCUUUGAUAAUGCAGAGCUUCCAAAGCAUCUUAUCAUUGCUAUUGGCGUCAAGGUAUACUUGUGUCUCCCCAACCACCUCUCGCUCACAGAGGGACAUUGUCUUAUCGUACCACUACAGCAUUAUACUGCAGCCACUUUGUUGGAUGAAGACAUAUGGAAUGAAAUUCAGACGUUCCGCAGAUCAUUGGUGAAGAUGUUUGAAGAGAAAGGGUUGGAUUGUGUUUUUCUUGAAACGAAUAUGAGCAUAAAGAAACGUUAUCACCUGGUCUAUGAAUGUAUCCCACUUCCAAAGGAAAUUGGAGAUAUGGCACCGAUUUAUUUCAAGAAAGCUAUACUGGAAUCGGAUGAGGAAUGGUCCAUGAAUAAGAAGUUAAUAGAUCUAUCUUCAAAGGAUGUUCGGAGAUCUGUUCCAAAAGGGUUGCCUUAUUUUUCAGUGGAUUUUGGGCUCCAGGGAGGUUUUGCUCACGUUAUUGAAGAUCAGAACAAGUUCCCACAUUACUUUGGCAAGGAAAUCAUUGGGGGCAUGCUGGAUCUAGAGCCCAGAGUCUGGAGGAAAGCUGUCCGGGAGAAUUUUGACGACCAAAGGAAGAAAGUUUUACAGUUCGCCCAGUGGUGGAAGCCAUUCGAUGUCACAAAAAACAAAGAUUAAUUGCCCUCAUUUUCAGUACUGUACUGUAUUGUUCCUCUGUGUAUAUUUUAGUAUUUAAUUCCCUGCUGGACAUUACUACUUUUUUUUAUUACGUUUUAUUUUUCCUUCUUAAAAUAUUUUCUAA